CGGACUUCAGAGACUCCAAAGUCCGCGUCCGUCGUAGGGGAAGUGGAUCGCGCGCUGGCAGUUGGUGUCUCGGCAGUUCGCGAUUUCCCGCGUUCCCUUCGUCAUUAUCGUUUAAACGGUUCUCCGUGAAUUUACGUUCCAACCUUCUCGCCUCUCAACCGUCGCUCUUUCUUACUUCCACCUUGUCUGUCGUCGCGGACCGAUCGCGAGUGAGAUCACGUGCACGAUUUUGGGAUUUCGACGAGACCGCGUACAUUAUAAGUGUAACGAGAGACCAUUCGUGUCGAGAUCGGUGUGCUAUGGGGAUCUAGGAACGCUCGUAAGGAAGCGAGACGCAUGACAGACGAUACCGGGCGGGCGUUAUCAGCAGGUGAGGGCUCAGUAGCUUUGGGCGACGCGAACGAGAGAUGUCGGGUGCCGGUGGCACGGAGAACCCGGCGUUCGCCGGCGAGAAUGAGUGCGACGCCAAGUUGGAGAACGGCGGCCAACAGCAAGUGACCUUGGACCAGGAUCACAAGACCUCCUCGUCGACGGACAAUGCGCCGACGGAGAACGGCCACCAGCGAUCCUACGUCUCGCAGCACUACGUGGAGCCGGUCAAGCCGAGCUCGGAGCCGUGCUACAAGACGGAAACGAGGAUCGAACUGCCGGCCGAUAACACGGAGAAAAGCUCGCCGGACCCGAAGCUCAACGGCGUCCAUGGAAACGGCAACAACAACGACGCCAGCUUCCUCAACAACAGCGCCACGAGCGUGCAGGUCAACGAAUCUGGGAAGAAGGAGCAGAUCGAGGCCGUAAACCUGGAACUAGUCUCGAUGAGGCCAUUCACGGGCAGCAAUAUCCAGACGAAAGGUCAGGAAGCCUGCGAGGUACCAGCUGAUCCUUACGAGGAGUACUUCGUGCCGGUUAACGAGCAUCGAAAGUACAUCAGCAGGGGACCCGAGGCCGAGGUUGAAACGACCGUAGCUGGAGUGCGUUUUGAUUUGGGUCCCGGCGUCGGCCGCGAGGGACUCAGCCUGAGAGACCCUGCCGCCGGACUGGUCGACUAUUCCCACUGGCUGACAGCCCUCAGAGGUGAAAAACUUUACGUCACGAAAGAUAAGAGGUCCCGGAACUCGUACUGGAGAAGAAUGGCCUGGGGAUGCGGAUUGCUGGUCCUACUGAUUGCCGUGAUCAUCGCCAUUUUAGCCGCAACUGGCGUAAUUCUAACGCAAGAGGCUACGGAACCCUUGGAGACCGUGCCACAGGAAAGCGACAUUCAUCAUCCCAAUGACGUGAAGACAGCGGGCAGGCAAGAAUUCGUGAAGAAUCCACCGUCGAGUCCACCGCCUUUAACCUCAAGUUUUCCGCCGUGGCCGACGACAGAUGAAAUGGAAUACCAAACUGUCCCCAACGCUUUGGAUGGAAUUAUGCAACUCAUCGACUUCAAGUGGAGCGAGGACUUGAGCGAUAGCAAGUCGCGGGUGUACAGACAAGUGAGCGGUGAGAUAGAGCAGCAUCUGAAGAGCAUGCUGCAGCCGACGGACAGCAGCGCGUCCGUGGUCAAAGUGUACGAUAUCAACGAACAAGGCGAAGUAAAGUUCAGAAUAAGUCACCCGACUUUGUCCACUCCUCAGAAGACUCAAGAAAAUAUUGAAGAAGCUUUGCGGCAAAAUGGCAACAUGAUCGGACAGUAUCAUUUGAGCAGGCUUCAAGUGGGAAAGCUUAUUGAUCAAUGUGAAAGCGGCAACGUCGGGUGCGCCGAAAGUUGCAAAUUCGAUUACACUACUGGUACAUUCACGUGCACCUGUGGCGCUGGGAAGAUGCUAGGUCAAGACGGCAAGACAUGCGUGGACGAUAAUGAUUUGAGUAACGUCGAAAUGGAAGACAUAAUACCAACAUCAAGCACAGAAUCAACGAACGAUUUCGUUCAAGGUAGAAGCAGAGGCCCCGGCACGGAACACUUUGAACCAAGAUAUCCUGAUAAUUGGGAAAAUACAGAAUUCAAGACAGGAUUGGCUGGAACAGAUACGUCUACAUCGGAGCCCGCAUCGGUGACGGAUCACAUUUUCGAGAAUGAUGAUCCUCACUGGCAUCAUGAGCAUGUGCAUCAUUCAAUAGAAACAAGCUCUGAAGCGGAGACUCCUGUCAAAGUAUCGCCUACCGCAGAGCCAACAGCACAGUCGUUCGUGCCUAUAGUUGAACCAGAAUCCUCCGCUGAACCAGAGCCCUCCGCUGAACUAGAGCCUUCAGCUGAACCAGAGCCCUCUGCUGAACCAGAGCCUUCUGCUGAACCAGAGCCCUCCGCUGAACCAGAGCCCUCCGCUGAACCAGAGCCCUCCGCUGAACCAGAGCCCUCCGCUGAACCAGAGCCUUCUGCUGAGCCAGAACCAGCUGCAGAGCCAGAACCUGCUGCUGAACCAGAGCCUUCUGCUGAGCCAGAACCAGCUGCAGAGCCAGAACCUGCUGCUGAACCAGAGCCAUCUGUCGAGCCAGAACCUACAACUGAACCAAAGUCAGUUUCUGAACUGGAGUUUGCUACAGAAUCCGAACCGACUAGCGCACCAGAACCCACCAUAGUUUCCGAAUCAGAAACUACUCCAGAAAUCGAAUCUACCGUUGAAAUAGAAUCUGGCAUUGAUAAACAAUCUGCUGUGGAACCGUUGUCUGCCACAGAACCGGCAACAACCUCCGUUGAAGACGACAUUGCAAAUAAUGACGUAAAGAUGACAACAGAAUCGCCUCAUAUGACAACAAUACAAUCCCAUUUAGAAUCAGACGUUGAAAACUCCAAUCAGCCAGAUUCCACUGAUAAAUCAAUGUCCCGCGAUGAUAUGUAUACUGAACCACCUACACAAAUAUCAAUUUUAAAUGAUGCAAACGGCUCAACUGACGUACCUAAUAAAAAUCAAGUAAGUGAUAUACCAUUACAUGUGAUACCUUUAAAACCUAAGAACGAAUACGAAUCGACGACAGUAGAAUCUUAUAAUAAGGACAACGAAAUUACAACCACUGAGAUGAGUUUUACUACCUCGAAUUAUGAAGGUAACAAUGGAAAUUAUAUGACUAAAUUUGAAGAUAGCGAAAAAUCUAUAAAUGGAGAACAAACACACAGCUCUGGCCUUCAAGAAGAUGAACAAAUAGAUUCUAAUACGGAAACAAAUAUUGAUACAAGUGUAAAUAAUGUUCAAAAUGAAAGAUCCUCGACUACUGAGAAUAAUUUAAUGAUUGAGCAGUCAAGCACUACCUCACAUGUUUCUGAGCAGAUUGAUUCAACCACCGCGUCAAUUACCACACCGAUGAUGCCAACAGAAGACAAAACGGAAUCAGUUAUUAAGUCAACGCUCAGUGACAAAUAUUUCCAUACAAUAGAAAUUAAUGGUGUGAGUAAUAGAAGCCCAGAAUCGUACAACGGUGGAAAGAUGUACGAAACGACUAUGAUACCAGAGACUACUUCAGCCGAUACGUCGAUUCAGUCGGGACACGUGCUCCAACCUGUUUUGCAGCCCGAAUCUGACGCGCAAGAUUCGAACGAGAAGAACGUCAUCGAGCAUAUGCCAACGACGGUCUUUCCUAAAGUGCCGAAAAACUUCGCUCACAACGUGGAGCCGUUGGUGGAACCUAUCGUGAAAUCCGCGGACGACGAGCAUAUCAUGAUGAUACCGCUAUCCGAUCAACCUACGACCAUUUCUCACGCGAUAAUUCCGCAACUCAUUCCCGAGCAAAGCGUAAAAACCGCGAAUACAUCGGAAAAUUCGACAACAGAAGACAACAAUAAGAUAGCAGUCAAUGAGAAUCUCGACACGAAGAAGCCCGCUGAAAACCCGAGUUCAAUCGAAUCGUCCACAGCGCGUGUCGACGAGAAUGUCGUUUACACGAAUAACAGUGACCACACAGUCCGCCCUGAGGACGCUCAAGAGCACUCAACGAGCCACCCUCUUCACCCAGCGAUCUUCCCGGAGAACUCGGUGGAUCACUUCGCCGGGAAAUCCGAUAUGGGCGACGAUCGACAUGUGGACGACAUGUCGCCGUUCUUGCCGGACGUUCACAAGGAGAAGGAAAACGCGAAGAAAGCGCCACGGCUGGACAAGGACGAGCAGAAUGUUCCUAAUCCUUUCGAGACUUCUAUCGACGACGUUAUAACGCAUCGGCCAUUGAUGCACUCUGAGGACGCGGGAGAUGCGUGGCGUGGAAUGAACGAAACCGAAACCAAAGACUUGUUGAACGACGUGAACUCGCACUCGGCGAGCGACAAGAAGAAGGCAGAUCUCGCGAAAAAUACUGAAGAGAGCCCGAAGGCGAACGACGUGGAUGACUCGAGCAAUGGCGCUAAGGAUACCACCAAGAACGACUUAGACGUCGGUGAAGUCGUCAACGACACAGAGUCGAAGACUCAAGACGGUUUCGCAGAAUCGAGCGAUAAGAGUUCAUCUGUGGAGAAUAACGAGACCCUAAAAGUGAUACCGCUGACGACGGAGAGUAGACCAGUGAACGAGAUUUCUCAGAGCAAGGUGCAAUCGGCGGAUCACGCGAUUACGUCAUCGGAUGAAGCGACUCCUUCCGCCGAAAAAGCCCAGGAAACAGUCGCAGGUUCCGUAGUGCGAAGUGGCACGAUCAGCUCGGAGAAGCUGGAAGAGAAUGCCGUGGAGGAUCAGUACAACGACAUUACGGAUGAAAGCUUGUCCAAGGGAUAUCGACAUGACGGCGAUGGCAAGAAUAUCCCGGUUAAAAUCGCAGAGCAACCCAAAAAAGCUGUCUUAAAUGACGUCGGCCGGCUAGAGGUACCUGACAAAACGAGCACAUUCGAUAGCACCGCAAAGGAAAAGAACGAGACGAACGAGGAGACAUCUCCUGAAACAAGUCCAACGACUACGAUGGAAAGUCUCUCGGACAGACAAGCGGAAGACGCCAAGCUGACCACGCAAGAACCCGUGUUACCGAUGGAGAUCCAGCAAGAUAUAUCGACGACAGUAGCGACUGACAAAGUUGAAACCACCACUAUGAUUGACGUUAACAAGCCGGAGGAAAGUGACACGGAGUCGCCGAACGUUUCUCAGUCUGAUGAGAAAGACACUAUUACAACGGCGCAGAUUACAACAACCCAAUCGACAGUGGAAACCAAGACAACAGCUCAAAUCCCAAUUUUGCCCGAGGAGCUGCAAACAACGGAAAGCGACAUGUUAACGACAACGACGGCGCGGUCAAGCGAAGAGAAGGAAACAAAGACUGACAAAGCAGAAGUAUCAACGGAGGUCGUUAAAGACGAAACGACGGAGAAAGGGCGGGAAAUUGACGAGAAGGAAAAUGCUGUGACCCACAGCGUCGAGAUGGAUACCAACGUAAACACGUCAUCGGAGACGUCCUCGGAGAAGAACAUGGCGGCUACGAAGAUGUAUGAGAAUAACGUGAGCGUGGAGACCGGCCGAAAAAUGGAACAGGAUGAAGAUGAGCGAAACAAGACAACGUUCGAGAACUCGACGGAGAGCGUAAGGAUGGAGACCACUAUGGCGAUGUCCACAGAAAAGAGUCCUACGAGUGGCGGCGUAGAGCGAACCACACUAAUGUCCAACGACGUCACCACCACAGAGGACGUCCGACCGGUAACGGAAAUGUUGGACGACACGCAGCCUAUGAUAGAAUUCGACUAUAGAACGCUGUACAUGACGACGACGUCGAGGCCGAUUCAGCUGGUUUCAGAAGAGCUAUCUGAAGAGGAUCUCAGAGUGAUACCGUUGGAACGAAAUCACGAGAACAAAAAAAAGUCGGUCGACAAGAAGGGCUUCGACAAGUAUAAAUACAAAAAAGAGAAGGACCUGAGCUUGGAGGAGUCCGAGGAGGAGAACGUGUUGACGGAGAACCCCGACCCAACGACUCUCUCCCAAACGGAAUCGCCGAAGGUGACUAUCAGCUCCUACGAGGAGUUGAGCGACAGCGCGGUAAGCUCCGACUUGGAUCCAAGCGUGCCCAGGUAUAUCGUGGCCGACAAGGAAGGCAAUAUCUUGCCGAUAAGUCCGGAGGCGGUUUACGAAAGCAAAAAGGCGCCUGCGGAGAUGAAACCCAAGAAUUAUCCCAGCUUCAUACCCGUGUCGGAGGAGAUAAUCGAGCCGGUGCCAGUCACGGAGCCCUACAUAGUCAUGCGGAAUUACACCUACCAUCGACCGGCGAUCGCAAUAGGCGCUUUCGGAACGGAAAGCGUGAUUGCGAAAAGCGAGACGGCAGGUGAAGGUCGCGCGACGGGCGACCCAGAAACCGACCAACCUCGGACCGUCGCCGACGCGAAAGUGAAUGAAACCGCCGGACAACCUGUCGCCUUUUCCUCGGAUCAAUCGCCGAGUGGCGCGGGAGCAGAAGUGGAUCGCAUUGCGAAAGACUCGCCCAACAUGCGAAUCGCGCAGUCGGACGCGGGGAACACGAGCCUCGUUGGCAAUGCUGCGACACCUACCUCGCACCUGCCCGAUGUGCUAUACUCCAAGUGCACCGCGGGUCAAUUCCAAUGCGUUAACGGCACAUCCCGGGACGGUGCGUACUGCGUCGCAUUGUCGGCCAAAUGCGAUUCCGAGAUGGACUGCUCCGACGGCUCGGACGAGCUGAAUUGCCGGGAGGAAGGCUGUCCGGGUAACUUCCAGUGUGUCAGCGGACAGUGCCUGAGGAGGCACCUCGUGUGCAACAAGAUCCUGGACUGCGACGACGGCAGCGACGAGCACGACUGUAACCUGUGGAAGUGCCAGCACGACGAAUUCAAAUGUCCUAGUGGAAGAUGCAUUCCGGCAUUAUGGCAAUGCGACGGCCGACCCGACUGCGAGGGUCACCAGGACGAGUACAAUUGCGCCGUGAGUUGCGGUAACAACGAGUACCUCUGCCCGACGGAGAAGUGGUGCAUUCCGCAAACAUGGCACUGCAACGGAAUGAACGAGUGUAUCAACGGAGAGGACGAGAAACUGUGCGACUGUGCUCUGGAUCAUUUCAAGUGCCAAACCGGCGGAUGCGUUCCACUGACUCAAGUCUGCGACGGAAUCGAGAAUUGUCCGGACCAUUCGGACGAGUGGGGCUGUCUGACUGCCAGUAUCAUCGAGAAAAAUCUAACUGAUACCAAUGCCGGAGACGACAAAGCGAGUGAAUUAACCGACGGCGUAUCGCUGUUGAAGAUAAGGCAAUACGACGAAGAUCGACUAGUCUGUUCGGACGGAUGGAGUGAAGAAUUCAGCGAUUCUUAUUGUCGAGCUUUGGGAUUUGCCGGUGCCGAGACGACCGAGUUGUCCAUAUGGAACAAUAGUCAGAAAAUCUUAAGACUGAAGACGAAUCCGCACCCUCGCAGGCCGCUAGUCACGAACUUAGAACGAGUAGAAUUCUGCGUAUCGGGCAAAAUUGUAGGAAUUUCGUGCCAAGAGUUCUCUUGCGGCCUGCAUAAUGCGGAAGGACCGACCGCGAGAUUGGCUGGUGGAACACCGGCCAGUGAUGGACAAUGGACCAGUGUGGCUUUAUUAAAGGAGCUAAAACACGGUGCCGCUUGUACAGCUAGUAUACUUGGCCCUAUGCAUGCUUUGGCUAGCUAUUCCUGCAUUUACAGAUACAAAGAGAGAAGCGGAUGGGAACUGUUCGCCGGUGGGAAUAUGCUGAAGGUACACCACGUGAAAAAUAUCGUGCCCUAUCCGCAAGUGAAGUAUAAUCAAUUCCGGUACAACAAUGACAUCGCCUUAAUCGAAUUAGAGGAGCCGUUAGUAUUCUCUAGAAACGUCAGUGCCGUUUGCCUGCCCAGACAACCUAUCCAGCCGAGACAGAUUUGCGUGACGGCAGGAUGGGGAUUUCCUAUGAAUGGCGAAAUAAAUCUACAACAAUAUCUCAAAUUCCUGCCUAUUCCGACGUACGAUUCCGACAAUUGCAACACCACGAGUCAUUAUGCAGGAUUUAUCACGGAACACGACAUAUGCGCUGGAUUCACCGAUACUAAUAAAGGCCCUUGUUAUAACGACGAAGGAGCGCCUCUGAUGUGCGCCAGUGAAUCGCAGAACACAUCGGAACGAUGGGAAAUUCAAGGUCUACUCAGUUAUCACAGUAGAUGCUCAAGAGGUCAUCCAGCAAUCUACUCGAGCUUAGAGCCAGCGCUUUCGUGGCUACGCGAAUCAGUGCCAGCUUUGCGAACGCAAAGCUAAAUCGCUAUUUUGCCAAUUUUUUCGAAGUUCACGAAACAUUUCGAAGUUCACGAAACUUAACCGACGAGAGAUUAAAACAUUGACGUUUUGAUCUACGGUGGAUAAUCGAACACGCACAAAAAUUAAAACAUUAUUUGAUUAAAUGACUUCUUUUUUUAUAUAAAUGUAAAUAUGAGGAAAUGUAUUUGACGAAUUUUAUCGAUUUGCGAUAUCCGUGUAUUUUGUAAGAUAUUUUUUAUUCUUCUGUAAUAUGUAUUCUAUAAAAUCUAUAUAAAAAAAGAGAACCACGCGUUCCGCGUCGUUUACGAUCUAAAUAAAACAUGGUUUUAUGCGCUCGUCGGUUAAGUGUCAAAUGGGAGUAGCAUAUGAAAAAACUCUUUGAUAUUCGAUCACAUAGAAUGGUAAAGCAAGUAAAAGCGAAAUGUUCGAUAAUUAUGUUAAAGUAUUGUUGAAAUCUCGACUUCAAUUAUUUUUAUCGAUUAACGCAACGACACGACGUAUCCGCUUUCGCUUGCCUUAUAUCAUGCGAUUGUAAAUUAGAGAGUUCUCAUUUUUACGAACAAGAAAAAUUAACGAAAGAAUCAUCGCAAGAUAAGAAUUCGGUCUGGAAUCUCUUAACUUUCUCCGUAAAAUUGCACCAAAAAAUUUUAAACACCCGCAUGCAUACACAUAUGUGCAAUUUUUUCAAAUUUAGACAUUCCUUCUUCAUAUUUCUCAAUCUAAAUGUUCCUAUUAAUAUCACAGGAGAUAUUUUUUUAAUAAUUCUCAAAUCUCAUUGCCGUUGUUAAAUGAUAAAAUGAAAAAUAAACAUUUUAAUUUCGUAAAAGACAAAAAUUGUGACGGCAUAUGUAGAGAAAAUCGAAGACGAUGAAAUUAUACUGAUUUACAAUUAAGUAAUCAUUAUGUAAAUACUGUAUAAAGUAAACUGUUUAUUAUCGAUAAUGUGGUAUAUAAGAGUUUAUUAGUGAAAUGGGUCUCGUUAAACAUUUUCUGUACGUAAAAAAUUCCGAUACGUAUCGUUACAAAAAAAUAUUCAUAAUUGCCAAAUGAAAUUAAAAACAAAUUGUGAUAUCUCGGACAUUCAAACACAACGUACUCUAUAUAUCAAUUAAAAAAUAAUUAUUUAAGAUUUAAGAUAAGAGACCAAUACACAUAUACAUGUCCGAUUAUAUGAGAAUCGACAGUUUGUCUCAGAGAUCCUAAAUAAGGAUUCCUGAAAUGAACAAUGGAUAGCAUAAGUAGUAGAUAGGAUAAAUGUAUAUAAUAUGAGUAUUUUAAUAAAAUGCAUUGUUAUAGAGA